AUGAUGAGGACUGUUAUGAAAAAUAGAGUUGAUUGGAUUUCAGAUUUGAGAAAGAAGUACGAGCGAGCGGAUGUAUUUAUAGGGUUUUUAAGUGGUGUGCUUAGGACUGAAUAUGUGGGCAAAUCCAAUUUGCUGUCCCGUUUUGCUAGAGAUGAGUUAUACCAUAACUCUAAAGCCACCAUUGGAGUGGAGUUUGAGACUCAGAUGGUGGAGAUCGAUGGCAAGGAGGUGAAGGCCCAAGUGUGGGACACUGCUGGGCAAGUGAGAUUCAGGGCUGUCACUUCUGCUGAUUACAGGGAGGCUGUACGGGCUCUUGUUGUGUAUGAUAUUAGCGGGAGGACUACUUUUGAGAAUGUCAAAAGAUGGCUUGAUGAACUUAACACUCAUUGUGACACAACUGUAGCAAGAAUGCUGGUCGGGAACAAGUGUGUUUUAGAGAGCAUAAGAGACAUCUGCUUUGGAUUCUACCAAUGUGUACAAGGCUUUUGA